AUGAAACAGAGACAAGAGUAUGCACACAAAUGCUCAAAUAAGAGGGUGAUUGUUCAGCCCUUCAUCCUGCUUACGUCAUCCGAUUCUUCUUUCUCCUCAACUUUCUCUUCUUUCUUGGUCUCGGCCACAGCUGGGGCAGCUGCACUUCCAGAUGCCGAUGAGGCAACUGCAACUGCACCACCACCGGCAGUACAAAUAUAUCCCGACAAAUUUUUCGAUUUCAAAUUUUACUGGCGAACGCCAGGCCCUCAGCCGCCAGCUGAUCCAGGCUGGCGGCCGGGGAAAGGCCCCAACGACUUUACCAUCCUUGACCCAAUAAGACCCGAACUUGUGAGUGGCGGAGGUCGGUUGGCUGUCGCCAAAGAGUACAGAGUCACCAACGUUGUCACCGUAGAAUUGCCACGAGAGGUCGAAUGCCCGCGAGUAGAAGUAGGCCGAUUUGCGAGCAUGGUCAACAUGCUCGACUCGUCUAAUUUCAUUAUAAAGCUUCAAAGGGAAUGUAGCAACAUCACCCACAGCGUACACAUCAGGCACGCUCGUUUUGAAGAAAGAAUCAGUCUGAACAAAGACAAAAAUGUCACGUAA